UGGGCCGCGAGGCGGGGCGCGCGGAUAUAAGAGCCGCGACCGUCGCGCGCGCGGACUGCCGCUGACCGCGCCGCUGGAGCAUGGAGCCCGCGGCGCCUGGGAGCCUGCUGCAGAAAAAGAAGAAAAGCGGUGUAAAGAAGAGCGACCUGCCAGCUCCGGAAGAAGGAAGCGCCGAGAAGGAAACACGCACAAAACGCAGGACCUCAGAGGCGGCCCGACACGGGGCGCAGCGCAGUAAUCACAUCCUGCAGGACCUCGACGACGACAAGUUGCGUGAGCUCAAGGAGGCAUUUCAGUUGUUUGACCUAGAUCAAGAUGGCAUGAUCAGCUUCGGUGACUUGAAACAAACUUUCAUUACACUGGGCCAGACCGACAUAGGGGAGAAGGACCUUCUGAAUAUGCUCUCUGAGGCCUCCAACCCACUGGACUUCGAUGCCUUCGUGCAGCUGCUGGGCUACAGGACGGUGGAGUUGGACCCUGAAGAGGUGCUGAUGAACGCACUGGCCAAGUGGGACGUGGACAACUCUGGUUUAAUUUCCGAGGAGAGGAUCAAGCAUGACCUCAUGACUUGGGGCGACAAAUUCACAGCUAAAGAGGUGGAGAUCGCCUUGGAAGAUGCUCCGCUGCAGGUAGACAAGAGGACGGGCGCCGGCAGCAUCGACUACACGCAGUUCUGCAAGAUACUGUGCGGCCUGCGCAAGAAGACCCGCGACCCUGUGGUCGAGGACUUCCUCAAGCAUUGAGCCGUGCAGCAGCUGCAUACACCAAUACACCACUCCUUCCCUGCACCACUCUCUUUCCAAUCAUGAUUUAUUCUUCUUUAAACUGUGUGUCAUGUUUAACAUCCUAGUAUCCCAGAUAAUAUAUAAACACUUUAUUCUGCAGCCUAUUAAACCACAGCCAAUGAGAAACGAGGCGCAAAAAUAAUGGGGCUGUGAUUCGUGGACUGCCGAGGGAACCUAUUCGGUGGGCUGUCGCUCGUGUAAACACCUGCACAAGAAAUAACGUAUAGGUACAUUAAAUGGUUUAUUUGUUAGUAGGACUGACAAAAUGUGUGCCAUGGUAACAAAAUAUCCUCCAGAAUUUUGUAUAUUUGAGUUUCAAUGCAAAAAAGUUUGAUAUUUCAUUACUUGUAUGUAUUUAAAUAUAAUAAAUUAAAUGGUCAACAAUAAAAAUAAA